GGAAACUAAAAAGUCUCCGGGAGUCUGAUAAACAGCAGAGGGACGUGGGAGAGAGACGCGCAGAGACACGUCUGGUGGAUGUUCCUGUGGGUUUGGAUCCUGGGUUUCAGCGACACGAUGCUUCCUGGGGCCCUGAGAUCUGUGCUGCUGCUCUGCUUGUUUUCUGCUGCUGCUGCAGGCCCUUUCAAAAGAAACGGCGCUAAUCCACGGACCUUUGUCCUUAGUCCAGCAGCCACAGACGAACCGAUCGAUUAUGUUGAUGAAGAUCAACAAUUGGUUCCUUCAAACCGAACCGCAAGGAAUGAAACGUUAAAAGGAUCCCUCUCUGAGGAGGCGAGACAGUUCCUGACGAGCCCCAUUUCCACGGUACUCAUGCCUUCGUUCUACACCUUUGUGUGCUGCAUCAGCGUUCCCAUCAACCUCGCCGCCAUCGUGGCCUUCUUUAAGGGCAUCCAGCCAAAGAAGCCGGCGGCGAUCUACAUGCUGAACCUGGCCUCCGCUGACCUGCUCUUCGGUCUCAUGCUCCCCUUCAAGAUCUCUUACCACUUCAUGGGCAACGACUGGAUAUUCGGCUGGCUCCUGUGCAGGGUGGUCACCGCCAGCUUCUACUGGAACAUGUACUGCUCCGUCCUUCUCAUAGCCUGCAUCAGCGUGGACCGGUUCCUUGCGGUCGUGUACCCCAUCGACUCCCUGGCAUGGAGGAAGACGGAGAACACCGUCAAAGCCUGCGUGACCGUGUGGGUCCUGUCCUUCGCCGCCUCCGUUCCGCUUGUCGUCUCCGACCAGACGGCUUACGUUGAGGGGCUGAACAUCACCACCUGCCACGACGUCCAAACCACAGAGGCGAUUUUGUGGUUGAAGAUAUAUUUCAUUGCCAUCUGUCUCUCCCUGUUUGUUUUGCCUUUUCUUGUCACGGUGGGGUCCUAUACCAAAGUCAUCUGGACGCUGAGCAGCGUGGCACGCGGGCUUCAAGGACGAUCGCGCAAAAAAACAAGAGCGGUGGUGAUGAUCGUGACGGUCCUAGUGAUUUUCGUGCUGUGCUUCAUGCCCACCAACUGCUUCCUACUGGCACACUACUUUCUGUUUGAAGGAUCCAACAAUGCUUCGAAGGCCACCGACAGCUCCUACGGGCUCUAUUUGACGUUUUUGUGUUUGGGCAGUCUAAACUGCCUCCUGGAUCCCCUCCUCUACUACUUCGGCUCUUCCCAGUGUCAGAGACAGCUGUCCGGCAUGCUGUGUCGAUCGUCGACUAAGGGUCGAAUCACCAAUUCGUCAUCUGACUCGUACAGAUCCAGCACCAGACCCAUUCUGAAGUCCGGCCGCACCGAAUGCUCCACAAUGUCUUCAUCGGUGAGCAAAACGAACUCAAUGGAAGCAAACCUGAACAGCCAGUACAAGAAACUGUUGGUCUGAUCACUGUGGCGCUGGGCACUGGUUAGUACAUUUAAACGCAGAACCACAAAGCUGUAAAGUUAAGGCUACUACAUAAACUGAGCACUGAGUUGGGAUGUUUCAAUUGAGAUUCACUGAAAUUGAAGGUAACCAAACAUCCUGCAGUAGUAGAAACACUAGAGAUCUCUUGUUUUUGGGGUGGUGAAGUUAAAUCUGGCAUAAAACUGAGUGUCGAACCGCAGUUUACUUCACCCUUUGCUGCGUAUAUUUACAUUUUUACACUGAAUGUUAGUUAUUCCUUCAGCUUGUUAUAUUUAGCCCUUUGUUGUUGUUGUUGUUUUUUGUAUAUAUAAGCUUUCACUAUAUCUUUUCAAAACGUACAAUAUUUUUUUGUAUUUUGUGGUAUUUCUGUCUCUUAAUAAAUAUUUGAGACUCAA